GUAUGCAUCACCUAUGCCAUCCCUGGUGACAUUGUUGCUAGGCGUUUAUUGUACACCGACAAUGGAAAAAACAUAGAAUUACGCCUGCCGUUGUCGAUGCAACUUCUUCCCCUACAAAUUAGCAGUUCAAAAUGUUGUGUUGGCGGUGGCGAAUGGGGUAAAACAGAAUACCAGGAUGAGCAUUUCAGGUUGAGUUGCUAAGAAGUAUUGAUCGACAAUGAACUUUGGAUUUACAAAUAAGAGGGGCUCCGUUCCCUUGUGGUGUCCAUUUGCAUGGCAGAACGUGUUGUUUUCUCGAAAGAAUAACGAUUUUGUUGGAGAUGGACCUUCUAAAAUAGUAUGAUCUAGGUAGGCAUGGUGCUGGAGAACGGGUCAGUAGAACUGAAGUCACGUGAUGUAAGGACCGCGUCCAUUCCGACUAUGAAGGAGGAAAAUCACACGGAGGCGAAUCACACCAGCACUCCAUCACCUUCACAGGGACGGAGGCGUCCCAGGUGGCUGGUAGCUGUCCCUCCAGUCAUACUCAUCAUCAUCCUUGCUGGGGGAGGCUUUCUCGCCUGGUACUUUCUAGUCUACAGAGUGAUGGUGCUGGAGCCACGAGUGCAACAGCAGUACCUGGCCACCAUCACCGUCCUGAACCGAAACUUCACCGCACAGCUGUCCUCCCGCAGCAGUCCGGAGUUCAAGGCCGAGGCUCGAGUCCUGCAGGACGCGGUGAAGAACCUUGUAAAAUCAACUUACCUUUCCUGGUACUUCAACUCCACUGCUGUGUUUGCUUUUGGGGAGGGCAGCGUGGUGGUGUACUUCUGGCUUAUUUUGUCAGUGCCUGAGAGCCUUGUGGAGAAGGUCACCCCGAAUUAUGUCAAUAACAGCCUUUACGCCAAGCUGAAGGCCACUGGGAAUGGCAACACAGCCAGUUUCGAGGGAUAUCUGCUCUCCAUACCCUCUCUCGCUAUAACUGAGUGUGAUGCCAAAGUCAUAGAUCUCUUAAAAGCCUCCUUUGACUGUUAUAGGUAUCAAUGGGUGCCCUCGGGGGCCCCAGUGGCCCUCCGGGGCCCCAACACGCAGCGCUCCUCCUGUAUCUGGCACCUGGAGGCGCCCGCAGGCUCCCAGCUGGAACUGCAGAUCGAGUGGCUCCUCCCCGACUGCCGGGACCGCCUGGCCGUGUACGACUCAACCGCGCCCAGCGAUUCCCGGCUCAUCACUUCACUGUACCAGUGCAGUCGCCUGGAGCAGGUCGUCAGGCUGCUGUCCUCAGACCAGUGGAUGACCGUGGUGUGGAAACAGGGCCUCUACAACUACAAGGACCCAUUUUCCCUCUCCGCUCAGGCCUGGCCCUCUCGUGCCUGCUCGUCUGUGUUCAGCUUGCAGCCUGUUCUUUAUGUCCAGGGCAGAUUCCAAACGCCCUUCUACCCCAGUUACUACCCACCGGACACUAAGUGCACCUGGACAUUCACAGUUCCCUCCCUGGAUUUUGGGCUGAUUUUGGAGUUUGAGGGGUAUGAGCUCAGCAAAGCCAACUACAACCAAGCCUGCACUCAGGGCCAGUGGGUGAUUCAGAAUCGCAGACUGUGCGGCACACGAACCCUUCAGCCUUACGCCGAGCGCCUGUACCUCGUCUCCACUUCCGUCACGGUCACCAUGACCUCUGAGGUGUCACUCACCGGGCCUGGGCUGCAGGUCCACUACAGCCUUUUCAACCAAUCAGAGCCCUGUCCAGGGAAGUUCCUGUGCACGGUGAAUGGGCUGUGUGUCCCAGCGUGUGACGGGAUAAGGGACUGUCCCAACGGCCUGGACGAGAGGAACUGCGUGUGCACCGCCCAGUACCGGUGUCCUGAGGACAGCCAGUGCCUGGACUACUUCAAGUUGUGUGAUGACCACGUAGACUGUCAUGACGGAAUGGAUGAGGAGGACUGCACUGCAGGUGUGCACUGUACGGAAAUGACCUACAAGUGCGCUGACGGGACCUGCAUCAAAAAGUCUAACCCGGAGUGUGACUUCGUCACGGACUGCCCAGACGCGUCCGAUGAAAGACACUGUGACUGUGGGCUCCCACACUUUCCAAGCCGCGUGGUGGGCGGGCUCCAUUCCAGCGAGGGGGAGUGGCCAUGGCAGGCAAGCCUGCAGUUCAGGGGUCAGCACCUCUGUGGGGGCGUCCUCAUCUCCAGCCAAUGGGUGGCUUCCGCGGCCCACUGUUUUUAUGACGACAGUUUCUACUCCGCCAAUGUGUGGACAGUCUACCUUGGCAAGCUGCUCCUGAACCGGAGCAGCCAAAGCGAGGAAGCUCUGCGGGUGAAGGAGAUCCACCUGCACCAGUACUACGACGAUGACACGCACGACUACGACCUGGCACUCCUAAGGCUGGAGCGACAUGUGUCCUCUCGCACCCUGGCCCAGCCCGCCUGCCUGCCACCCCCCACGCACCUCCUGGAGCCGGGGCUGCUCUGCUGGGUGACCGGCUGGGGGUCGCUGAAGGAGGGAGGCCCCGUAAGCAAUGUCCUGCAGAAGGUGGGUGUGCGGCUUAUCAGCGAGGACGUCUGCAACAAGUCGUACGGCUACCGGAUCACUCCCAGGAUGCUUUGUGCUGGAUUCCGUGAUGGUGGCAAGGAUGCAUGUCAGGGAGAUUCUGGGGGUCCUCUAGUGUGCCAGGAGUCAUCUGGCCGCUGGUUCCUUGCGGGCGUGGUCAGCUGGGGCAUCGGCUGCGGCCGCCCCUACUACUAUGGCGUCUACACCCGCAUCACCAAGAUGACAGGCUGGAUCAAGGAGCUCACCUCCACCUAGAGGACCUGACCUUCUCCGGCUCAGAGGAACCUCCUUAAUAUUCUGAGCAUUGCGAGAUACAGAAGCCACAACGUCUGCACCAUCUUGCUGAUGGCUGAUAGUCUUGUAUGAAGAUGGUGCACCUUUCCCUGACACAGCAGUGAUGGCACACAGACUCAGUUCCAGGAAUUAUGAUCAGUCUUCGCAAUUCAGUUUUAUUUAAUCUGCAUCAGAAAGCGCUCUAUCAAAUGCAGUUCCUGCUUCCUUUCAUGCUGGCUACAGUGAAGCAGAGCGAGUACCGAGGAGCUUUGGAACAAGGGACGUUAAUGAAUGCAUCUGCCCAUGGUCGGCCGCUUCUCCCCAGAGAAGCUCUUCAGCUCUGAGGAAAUGCUCUGAACCACAAUGGCCUCUUUUUUAGAAUAAAGGUGAUGGAAACUAAGUGGUGGCAGAAUUUUUUAAAAUUCCCAGUAGAACCUCAACCUGCAGUGAGAAUCACGCUGAAUAUUUUCCGUUUUCUGCUGCUUUUCAUUUAGUCCUCGUAUAAAUGACUGAUUUUGGGUUGGGUUGAUUUUGGGACUGAUUUCCUCAGCACCAGAGAUAGUAUCUGUGAAACACGCUCAUAAGAGUCUAGUACUUAAUGACGAAGUGAUUCCAUGAUCUUUCAUGCAGCUGUGGAGUGUGCCUGCAGCGUGCAGGAAUGUUCCGGACUUUGCACUUUACAACAAACACGUUCUUCAACAACAAAAAAUAUCUAAUUCACCAGUGAACUGCUUUUGCAGAAUUUUGUAAAUUAUGUGAGUAUAUAAUCAGUGGAUAUCAUACACUGCACUGGACAAUGCGGGGUUUUCCUUGAAGUACAAAAUCGGUGUGAAUUAAUAGAGCUUCUUUGUUUGAAUAUCACAGGUAAACUAUGUGAAUACUGUAAUGACCUGUAAUCUUUGUCAUGCCAUUAAUAUUAAUAAUCUGGUCAUGAGUAAAUUAGAUUUGGUUGUAGAUAUUCCAUCCAUCCAUCUUCUAGCCACUUGUGAUUCCGCAAUAACGAGGGUGUUUUACAGAC